AAGAUGAUACGGGGUAUUGUAUUCAAUGUAAGGCUGGUUUCUAUGGACUACAAUGUCAACACAAUUGUAGUUUAUGUGAAAAUGAACGUUGUGAUUUACGUAUCUGCUCUAGUGGUUGUAGAGAUGGGUAUUAUAAGUAUAAACGCGGUGUCGAAACAAUGUGUCAAAAUUGUCCGACAAAUUGUAAACAUUGUAAGGAUGGUAAUACAUGUUAUAUUUGCAAUGACGGUUUUCACCUCUAUAAGUUUAAUGACAACGUUCACUGUGUGCAAUUUCCGGACUGUGUUAUUCAAGGUUGUAACCAGUGUCAAAUACACAAUGGUUCGUUAGUCUGUGCUGAUUGUCCAGAGGGACAGAUAUUCAAUGGUGAGACAUGCGGAUCACACACAUUAUUGUGCUCAAAAGUAUGUUCUACGAAUUGUGAUAGUACUGGAAUAUGUCAAGGAGAAUGUAAUGAGGGUUGGACUGGUGACAAAUGUUCCAAACAAUGUAACAGAAAUUGUUUAAAGUGUUCAAAAGAUGACGGAAGUAGUUGUCUACUGUGUAAAGGUAAUUUCUACUCAACCAAUUGCAGUUUAGGCUGCAACCAGGCAUGCAUAGUAACAAGUGGUAAACAUACAUGUGAACAUGCAGACGGAUAUUGUUUAAACGGAUGUAAACAAGCAUUUUGGGGCAAUACCUGUGAUAAAUCUUGUCCUAGUGGAUGUAAAGAUCUUAAAUGUGAUAGAAACAACGGUAUAUGUACAGAUGGAUGUAAGAAUGGGCUUACCGGAGAUAAAUGUACUCAAGCUAUUUCAAUCGGCGAACAAGAAACACCAGAAACAACAACAAAGUCAGCCGGAAUUGUAACACAACAAACAUUUGUGCGAUGUGACGAUAAAGCUAAUGAUUUUACCAUCGGUUAUUUCUCUGGAUUCGGAUCUUGUGCUGCCAUAGUAGUAUUUGCUCUAUUGUUUUACCUUAUAAGACGAAGGUAUCUGGCAAGUAAAACGCCAAAAGAUAACAGACGUAACGUUGAGAUUCCAACAUACUAUAACACUAGAACUGAUUUCGGCGCUGUAAAUACUGAGUCAGCUGAAGUGACUAAUAAUUACGAGAGUUUGAGUAAUAACAGGACCACGGAUAAUGUAUACAAUGAUCUCGGAACAACAUUGUCAUAGAUGUUAGAGAAAUUUGAGAGUUGUAGUGGUUAACUAGUGAAAACAACAUAAUGAAUUGUUACUGUAUUUGUUGUUCUUGUGGUGAUUGAUGCAUAUUAUUACUCUCCUUAUAGAAUGGUAGGGUGACAAUCAAGCCAUUCAGAAACUUGAACCCGGACCCAUUUUUUAACAAGUGGUGUCAUAUACCAAAAUGUUCCAAUAUAUUCGUAGUUUCUAAACAUGCCGGCAUAAUUUUGCAUUAAUGGUGGCGAACAUAGAAAUCCAAGAUGGCGACCAAGAUGUCCGCCAAAAAUAUUGAAAUAACAACUUACCUACUUUUUUAUUUUUAUCAGUUAAACAGAUGCAUUUGUUCUUUUCAUGCAUUUUUGUAUCAAAUUCAUGUCACAUAUAGAAAUUUAGUAUCUAUUUUUAAUGUAAAAAUAUCUUUUAACAGACACAUGAUGAAAAUUGUGGCGAACAAUAAUGAAAAAUUGCUAACAUUUUUAGAUGUCCGAACAUUUUUCCAUGUAAUAAUGCAAUUUACAAAUCAAUUGAUUUAUUAUGGUUUAUAUAACAAGAAAACAUCCUCUGCAUAUGAAAUGUGCAAUUGAUUUUUUUUUUAUAUAAUUGUAUUUUUGGAAAAAAUGUGUAUUUUUUAAGUGGGUGGGGUAAAAUAAUAAUCUAAUAAAAAUCACAAAUUUAUCGUAAGUUACAUUAUUUUUAUAUAUUUAAAUUGUUAUUAUUUUAAAUUAACUACUUGAAAGACUUUAAUCUAUAAUUUAUAACAAACUUCAGUAACUUUUGGAUAGAGUAUGCAAGAUUGUUAAUAGUUUUAUAAGAAAUUAAGCACUAUAAGUUGAACACAGCGUUUCAAUUCAACCUUAUAAGUUUAUGCUUAAUAAUUUACUUGCAUUUUUCUUUCGUUUAUCCAAGUUUAAACAAUCAUUUAAUUCAUUUCUUGUAUGUUUCAUAUGUAAAUAUGAAAACUUAUUCAAACAUUUCUUUGGUGAGUUUCUACAUACAUUUCCCGACCUUUCAUGUAACUGAGUGGGUGGGGUACAUAACACAGUUUGAUAUUUCAGGUAAGAGUAAACAACCAAAUAAUAACUAAUCACUUUUUCACAAAAGUUUUUGAAUAAAGGCACAUUUGAUUAUAGACAAUUUCCUGAAAUAGGUAAAAAGGAAUGUAAAUGUAGUAAAAUGAACAAGAGGGUCAUUGUAGACUUAUUUUGCGCACCAUAUUGACAACUGUAUAUAACUUUUGGUGAUUUCAUUUUAAAAAAAGAAAUAAAAUGACAGGAAAAGGCGCAAUCAAAAUCUAAAUUUGAUAAUGAUCUAAUUUUGCCAAAUCGUUAACAUCUAAGGUCUUAGUGAUAUAUAGAAUACAUUGCUUUAUUCAAAAUUGGAUUCACUUAAAGAAACACAAAAAAACA